AACCUAGCCGCCGAAACCCUACUCCAAUUGCCCUCUUCUCAGACCCAGCAGCAAUGAUACCAACCUUUCCCUUUCUCAAAUCAGUCGCAGCAGUAAUGGGGGAAAAGGAUGCAGAAGAAAAACGGACCAAGAGAGAGGGGGCGGAGCUGCGAUCAGAAGAGGAGGUGAGCCACGCGGCUGCCUCUGUUCAGCCCGUCGCCACUGCGCCGUCCUUGUCGCAGCCACUCCCGCCAGAACUCAUGCCGCCGAUUUGUCGCAUGAGGAGCCGCCGUCCUUGCUCGUCGUUCCCCUCGGAGUCGUCGUCGUCGAGGGCCAGCAGAGGAAGAGAGAACGACCGCCAGCCAGGUUCAACACCAAGAAGGCUGUGUGGCACGUCACCGUCGCGACCCAUUUCACGACCAUCACGGCGAGGGCUCUGUUGCCGUCGUCCCAACGUCGCCGUUCGUGCCCCUUGGUCGCCGUCGCUGUUCUGCCGAGCAUCGCCAGUGUUGAGGUCAGCCACUCCACUACCACCGUCGAGCCUUGUUUUGGGCUGGUGUUUCUCUUGGAGGUUGGGAGGAAGGGAGGCAGAACCGCAGAGUAGAGGGGCCACUAUGGUCUGCCAUCGAUCUGCACGCCGCCUCUGCCGUCAGAGACCGUCGUUAGAAUCGCUGCCGUUUUGUGGUUGUCAUAAGUUACGUUGCCGCUGCCGGAGAAGCUGUUGUGGUCACCGGAACCAUCACCGGAGCUUUUGCAGUUUGAUUCAGUCUUUAAUCCUUUCUCACGGGUCAAGCUCCGGUUAUUGCGGGUCACGAUUAAAGCUGUCGCCGAACCGGUUUGGAGGCCGCCGCUGUUUCGGUUUAGCCGUUCCUUCUUCGGUUCAGUAA